AUGUCUGGCCGCUUCGUUAGAGCGUCAAAGUACCGACACGUCUUCGGGCAGUCGACCAAGAAGGAGCAAUGCUACGACAACCUCCGCAUCUCUAAGAAUGCUUGGGACACGAACCUGAUCAAGGCCAACCCCAAGUACCUUUCGGUCAAUUGGGAGGCCAGCGGUGGCGGCGCCUUUGCUGUCAUUCCUGUCGACGAGCGUGGAAAGCUGCCCGAUGUCAUGCCCCUUUUCCGUGGCCACACGGCUGCUGUCCCCGAAGACUUUACUCUGCACACCGACGCCGAUGAGCCCACCGACGUCAGUCCCGUGCACAAGCUGUCUGGCCAUACCCGUUCUUCAGGCGACUGCACCGUCAAGUUGUGGGAUCUCGCCUCAAACAACCCUCGGCUUGCUCUCAAGCACAAUGACAUUGUCCAGUCCUUGUCAUGGUCCGCCGACGGCGGCAUGCUUGUAACCACCUGCCGCGACAAGAAGAUUCGUUUUUGGGAUGUAAGACAAGAAAGACCGGCACACGAGGUUCAGGGACACCCUGGCGCAAAGAACAGUAGAGCAGUAUGGAUGGGCGAACAUGACCGUGUGGCCACGACCGGCUUCUCGCGCAUGAGCGACCGUCAACUUGGUCUGUGGGAUGUGCGCAACCCGAAAGAGCCCAUUGGUGGCUUCUCCAUUCUUGACUCCAUCAGUGGUGUCUGCAUGCCCUUCUGGGACGACGGCACUCAGAUGCUGUACCUUGCUGGCAAAGGUGAUGGAAACAUUCGCUACUAUGAGUACGAGAACGACAAGUUCGAGUAUCUCUCCGAGUACAAGUCGGCCGACCCUCAACGCGGUGUUGCCUUCGUGCCCAAGCGUGGUGUCAACUUGCACCAGAACGAGGUCAUGCGUGCCUACAAGACUGUCAACGAGAACUUGAUUGAGCCCAUCUCAUUCAUUGUUCCUCGCCGUGCAGAGGUCUUCCAAAACGACAUCUACCCUCCCGCCACUGGUAGCAAGCCUUCCAUGUCUAGCGAGGACUGGUUCUCGGGCAAGGAAGCUGCCCUACCACCAAAGAUUUCUCUUGAGAGUCUGUACGAGGGUGAGACUCCGGUCGAGAUUCCUGCUGAAAAGGCCCCUUCUACUACUCAAGUCAAGAACACUCCUGCUCCCGGUUCAAUGUCCUCCUCUUCUGCUCCAACCCAUAUUCCUGCCUCGCCUGCAAAGUCUGAACCCACACCUGCUCCCGUCAACAGAGGAUCUAUGCAGGAGAAUCAAGCCAGCAUGUCUGCUAUGGCUGAUAGAUUCGCCGAUAAGGAUGAAGUAACUCAAUCGAGGGGCAAUGCCAAUGAUGCGUUUGAUGAAGUACCCAAGCCUGUACAACGUCCCACCUCAACCAUUGCCACCAAGCAAGAGGAGAAGACUGGUGUCCGCACACCCCCACAAGUCCACACUCCUACGACCACCACCACAUCUGCUCCGGCUCCUGAGCCCGUCGCUGAGCCCAAGACCAACGACAUCAAGUCGCCAGUAGCCGAGACCCCCAAGCCUACACCCGCCAGUGUGGAGCCUCCUACUACAGCUGCAGGCGCAGCGAAGGGAGCAGCUGAAGGUAUCAAGGGCGCUCUGUCUGAAAUUAGAGGUCUGCUGGUGCAACAAGCUCAGGACAUGGCAGCACAGGCCGAACGUAUCGAGAGCCUGACAAAAGAGGUUGCCAGUCUCAAGAGUCGUUUGGAAGGUUAA